AUUGUUCUCCUAAUAUGGAAAAUGCUAAAGGUUUAAAUUAUAUAUAGUUCCGGCGGUGAAUUUGGAUGUAGAUAAAUGACAACAAUGCCUGGUGUGUCCAGCAGAACGCCACGAAGGAGGGGCCCCCAGAGGACUCCAGAAAAGCCUGCAGGGUUGUCCCCUGCAAAGUUUUACAGCCCGAUAACUCCAGGCUGGGUGUCGGGGAGGCAGAUGGUUUUUGAGCAAGAACAUUCUCCUGUUAUAAAUGUUGGGAAAGAAAGGAAAUCAGUUAUGCCAACGGGAACAAUAUCCCAGAAAGCCACCAACUUCAGAAGACACACCAUGUUCAAACUCCCAGAGCCUGUGAGGUCCUCCCCAAUAGGCACUCGAUCCCGACGGUCAUCCAUAUUCAAUGUCAAUAGUAGGAAAGGAGGAAUAAGGCUAACUAUAGCUGUUACUCCACAGGAAAAGCCGAAGAAAGGUCCAGCCAAGGUGCUCUCACCUCCUGGUGUGAAGACACGUACCAGAAGGUCAUCGGUGUACCAGAAAGGUCAAACUCUCCAGGAAGCUUGUUCCCAGCCCCUAAAGGCUUCUAAAACUGGUCAAGCCAAGAGAGUUACAAGGGUCAGUGAAAAAAAAGAGAGUGCAGUUCAACGAAAGGCGCCAGCUGCCCGUAGGUCAGUUUGUCCAAAAUCUCCAGUUAGAACUUCCAAGCAGAUAACAAAUUUAGAAGUGCCAUCCUCCCAGUCUAGUGAAGGAUCCGUCACUAGGAGAAAAUCAGUCCAACCUAUUGCCAAAAGAUCUGAAAAAGUAGCUUCACCUUCACCAGCCAAAAAAACAAUAAAGACCCCGAGACGCUCUACUGCUGAAUCAGCCAAAGGAAAGAGCAUGCCAGAACCAGUAGAAGGUGUUUUUAAAACCCCUGCCCGUCCAGUGUCCAGCACAUCAGAGGAUUCACAGCCAGAAUCUGCAAAAAGAUCACAGCGUAGUUCCAGGAAAACCCCUGCCCGCCCAGUGUCCAGUACAUCAGAGGAUGCACAACCAGAAUCUGCAAAAAGAUCACAGCGUAGUUCCAGGAAGACUCCAGUUCGAGUUUCAAAGUCAAUGAAUGAUGUCAAGCCCAGUACACCGAAGGAUACAGCUAGUACAAAGAAGACAACACCAGUCCAGUCUGCUUCCAGAAGACUAAGGUCAUCAGCUAAAAGCAAAAGAAGUACAAAGAAGAUAGAGAUGGAACAGUUAGAAGCUAACACUAAAACGGAGGUGAAGUUAACAAAAUCUGCUUCUGAGGAAACAAAUGUGACAUUUUCACCUGAAGUAAACGAGAACAAAGAGGAUGACAGUCUGAGUUUUACAGGCGUGAAGCGGAGGAUGGACCUCACCUCUGAGACCCCACAAGUAAAGAAGGUCAAAGUGACCCAGGCAGUGUCCGAAACGUCCACCAGAAAAUCCAGACAAGCCUACAGGAAAACUCCAGCCAAAAUGAAGGGAACUGGUGAUGUGGCAGUUGAAAAUAUUUCUCUUGAUGAUUCCAUGGAAUUCAAAACUCCCAUGAAGACCCCUAAAGGGAUAAAGUCAUCUAAAACUAUGACAACAGCAGAUGAGAUGCCUCAGGUGAAGCUGGUCAAGCUUACUCUACCUAAUGGAGAUUCUGGAAAUGAAGAGACCAAAGUGGAAACUGUCACUCAGGAAAAUGUGGACAAAGUUUCUCACAAAACAGUCCAAGUUGUCCCCCCUGAAUUGAGCUCUCCUGUGCAGCAUAGUGGUAAAUUAGCAGAAAGAAAAAGUACUCCAGGAAGGGUCCGGCCAGACAUGGUGAACAAAGACAUUGUUCCGAAAGGAAAGAGCAAAAAGGAGAGUAAAAUCAAAAAACUGAAAAGCAAAGGAAAAGAGAAAUCCACCUUGUCAUUAAAUGACAGUCUGAAUACAUCUGCUCACACUAGCAUGGGUGCAAAAUGUAUCAUUCUGUAAAUCGUGAGAUUGAUGUACAAGUAUGGAAUUGUUACUUUGUCUCAAUAUCUAGAACAUGUACAGAUGUACCUGUAAUUCUUUUGUUGUAUACUCAGUAUAAAUGUAUUAAUUUUUAUCAGUGACGAUAAUGUUUCAUAUUACUGGUUUUGUCCUUUAACACUUAAUUUAAGACCCAUUGUAUGUAAAGUCCUCUACUAUGAGAUGUAACAGGAUUACAUAUAAUAUGAACUACUGUGUAAUUAGAAAGUUUUGUCCAGACACAUUGAAAAAUAAUUUUACUCGCCUGAAAAUUUUUUUGCUACCUCGACAUUAGAUUACAUGUGUGAAGGACAAGGGUGAAACUAAUUGGAAUGAAAUUUCUUGAAACAAGUAUACAGUAUGUGUGUGGUUGAUACAUGUGUCCAUGUGCCCCACACUUGAGCAUUUCCUGCAUGCUUUUGCACAUAACUGUUUUAUGAUAUACUCAGGUAUUUAUAAUCUUGUUGCCAUCUACCAUGUCUACUUGUGCAAACGUCUAUAUGGCUGUGUGUUUAAAUUGAAAUAUUGGUACAUGUAUAUAGAACUGUUUCUCUGUAAAAGAUAUUUUAAAAAUAGUAGAAACAUGUUUAAUGUAGAUUUAGUUUCAUUAUAAUUGGUGCAUUUUAAUUUCUGGAGGACUGUCUUGUGCGAUGGCUUUGAGGUAAGCCUGCAAUUUUAGACUUAGUAUCUAUCUUGUGAAUUUUAAAUAUUUGAUGUGUCAGAUUGACGGUGACAAUUUAUAAUUUUAGAUAUUUUCAUGUUAUCGCUGUAGCUGAAUGUGUUUACUGCAGAAUUGUUUUAUUAUCGGACUAAAUGUAGUAAAGAAAGGGAGACUAUUGUGUCAUCAUCCUGCUGAAAAUUAUUUCCUUUUGAAAUAUAAAGACUUGAAUUUGA